UAACUUCUCCAUUUUAUUGUUUUUGUUGUUUUUCAUUCAUGUACUCAUCGUUAUCAUAGCGAGCUAACUGGUUGAUCUGGUUGAGAUAUUCUAUAUCUGUCGAGCUUUAUAGCUUGAGGUCUUCAAAUCCUCUCUUCUUUAUUUUCAUGAUGUUGUUAGGAAUGUGCGCCCCAUGAAAACUUUCUUUGAAUUCUUCCCAGGUAAUAUUGUUCUCAUUAGGGUGCAUCCGUAGGAUAUUUUCCCACCAUGAUGCAGCUGCUCCAGUUACAUAAUGUGUCUUUUAUAGUACCUUCUCAUGAUCUUAAUAUUGGGCAAUAAUCAUUUUCCUCUGUAUGUCGUGUACCCAGUUGUCUCCUUCAAGAAAGACUGACCUACAGGUCCGCCAGAGUGACGAACGCCUUCUAGAUGUCGUCCUUCAGCUUCAAGACCUCUUGGUGCGACAAGGCAAGGUCCAAAUCCAACUAUUGUACCUUUCCCUCCAGUAUGUCCUUGGCGGACCUGGCGGCCUCAGUAGCUUUGACGGCCUCCUUGAGCAUGACGCCAUGCUCCACCGCUUGCUUCUCGAGGGCGUCCUUGUGCUUCUGUUCCAGCUCUCGGAUUUGGAUCUCACACCCUAUCUGGAGGGCCGCCUCCUGGGCGGCAAGUUCCUCUUCACGGGCAUCAAGAUGGACCUUCGCACGAUCUUCUCAGCUUCGGCCUUGGUGAGGUGCCUGAAGACCUCGCUCAGUGAAGACACAAUGGCAUGCUCCCUAUCCUCACUGUUUCCACUAAGGGGUCAACUCUCACUUCCCCUUCGGCAGUGGCAAUGACGUCAUCAAUGGCUUCACCCAGGGAGAAGGCCUUGAGAACCACGUCACUAAGUAAGUUGAGGAAAUCCAAGUCUCGCACCUUGAUGUACCAGCUUCAUGGUAGCACCUCUCACAUUGAUGGGCCAACGGCUCUUCCGCUAGCAGCCCCCAUCAUGACAAAUGCGCCCUCCCCAAACGCUCUUGAAGAAGAAGUGUUCUCGGAGUCCGUUAACACUUCCACAAACGGGUUUCUUGCGAGCUGCCUUGGUGGCAUCGCGACCCACAUCCUCUGCAGCAACAAUCUGACUCGCUUCGGCGGCAACCUCCGUGGCGAUCUUCUCCACUCUGGCGGCAGCGCCCGUGCCAUGAGGUGGAGGCAAAUAUAUAAUAAGGAGAUUGUACUUAAGGAAGUUCCAGAAGAAAAAAAUAAAAAUGCAAAAUCAAAGAUUCCAACAAUGAGGGACUUACCUAUGGGUUCUUGUGGAGGAAGGGCAGCAACUCCUCCGAAUACAUCAGUUGUCAUCACUUGGCUGCGCACAACAUCGCGUGCCGGCGAGCCCUUAGUGCGAACAGGCUCAUCAAUGGAAUCCCUUGUCGUAGAGCUCCUCUCCGGGGUUGAGCAUUCAUGAGCCUCCUCCAGGAGCUAUGACUUAACAUGUGGUGAGAUGCAGGUUGUGUCAUCGACAUUUGUGCCUACAUUUGCCGUCGGGUGCGGAGGCAUAACCUCGCAUUGGGGGCUUACUGAUGGACUAAGAUCUUGGACCUCCCGCCCUGGUGCAUAGCUUGUCGUCUCCCCCAUGGUAGAUGCGGGUUUCGCCCUCUUAGCCAGCCGCUACACCAAGGUCUACUCAUCCCUGUCGGAAGGGCAAGAACAAGAUUGAGCGAAAAAUCAAGAGAGAAUGAAACAAUGAUUAAAAGGGACAUCACUCACUUAUCAUCCUCUUCCCCCGAGCUGAAGGACGACAAGUUCCACAUCCCCUUGUGGUGGGGAGAGAAGGCUCGUGGCGGAGUAGGCGCCCUGGAACAUACCGCCGGCUCACCAGAAGUGCUUGCGAGGUGUGUGGCGGCAGUCCACCUCGUCCGUCGCGGUCAAGAAACAUCGGCAGCAAAGUCCUCCUCCUCCUCCCUUUCGGUCUCGACCUCCAUCGUAGGAAUGCAAUGGACCGGCUCCCCUGUAACAUCCCAACGGAGGUUGAAUGUUCAGUUGGAUAUGUCGCGAACCGGGGGCUCCACAAGCUAUGGCUCCGCGACAACAUCGACGCAUGUGGCCCCAGCACCCUCGACGACAACGAGCUCCUCCUGCUGGUGCUAUGCUGGCGGCUCCUCGUCGCGCCCCUCUUCGUGGUCGUCCUCCUCUUCUUCUUAUUCUUCAAGCACGGCAGCCCUCGAGCUGGUGCGCCCAUGUUAAGGCCCGCUUCCAUGGCCCACCGCCCGAUGAACUUUAUUUAUGCUUCUAUGGUGGCAUAGAUCAUCGACCCUUCAUCCCUGAGUGGCGCUUUCAUCAUGUUGCCGAACCACGCCUGCACCACCUCGUUCAUCGGGCCCCACCAUGUGGUGUCCACCCUGUGCCUGUUGCAUGCCGACAUCAUUGCUACUAGCCCAUCCUUGCGGGAGUUGUUGCAAAGCGGGAAGAUGGGAGGUGGGAGUAUGAACAUGUCGUCUGGGUAGAAUAGUUGGUGGCAAAAAUAGAUGAGCUAUAGGUGGUCAGGUCGGCAUCGAGGUCGGGGCAUAACCGCAUGAUGUCGAUAGGACCAACAUACUGCUAGGUGUAAUGCUCCCUAUCCUGGACAGGAGCAAUACGCCUCGUGUGGAAAUUAGAGCCCACCAUCUCUAUGGUAAGCCUGACAGUCCUCGGCUUGGGUAUGUGAGCAAUUGGAUCUCCAACUUCUCAUCGUCCCAGGCAAGGGCGCUCCAUUCGUCCUUUUGGACGGCCUUUGAUUUACGGACUUCGCAAAAGGAGAAUAAGAGGUAGCUAGGCGAACGUCACAAAAGGGGAGGCAUGUCGCAGCUUUAAUGUCACCUGUCCCGCGAUGUGUUAAGAGAAUAAGAGGUAGCUAG